AUGGCAUAUCUUGAUCCUAAGAAAUCAUUUUCUGCAUUCGAUAUGAGCAAAUUGAUUCAACUUGCAAAAUUUUAUCAAUUUGAAUUUUCUCCAGUUGCUCUAAUUAAACUUGAAUCUCAACUUGAGAACUUUGUCUUUGAUAUGCGUAUGGAUAAGAAAUUUUCUGAAAUGAGUGGAAUUGGAGGUCUUGCUGAGAAUAUGGUUGCUACAAGAAAGCAUAUUGCUUUUCCUUUGGUGUAUUUGUUAGUCAAAUUAUCAUCAAUCUUACCCAUUGCUACAGCCACAAUGAAAAGAACUUUUUCUGCAAUGAAUAUCAUUAAAAGUUCACUUCUUAAUAGAAUGGGAGAUGAGCUACUAAAUGAUUGUUUGGUGACUUAUAUUGAAAGAGAUGUAUUUGCAAGUAUUGACAAUGAAGUUAUUAUGAAUAGAUUUCAGUUAAUGAAAAAUAGGCAAAGAUUAUUGUGGUCCUUUGGCCAGAUUUUGCAUAGCAACUUAGCUCUUUUGAUGUCCCAACGACAUUGCUGUUUUUGUUUUGCCUAUGGGAGAUUCAUUGCAUAUUUUAAAUCGAAUCUUGAUUGUAAAAAUUUUGCUGGUGGUUUUGUGCUCAAUGAGUUAUUGAAGGCUGCAAAAUGGGUUUUGAGGAUCAUUGUUGAGUUGAAUCCUCAUUAUAAGUAG